UUGAAUUAGGUGGAGGGUGGAACAGAAGGGAUGAAAAAUCGAUGACGUGAAAAGUGGAAGGGAAAUGGUGGGAAACGGGCCGAGGGUUGCGAGAGACAAAGAGAAACGCGCGAGCGAUUCGAGGAUCGCGCGUACGUCGGCGAGGUCGUAAAAAUUUCCAUACCGACUCUCGAGGAAGCUCCCGAAAAAUAGCAGCACGUCAACAGGUGAAGAAUAGGGAGGACGAGGAGGUGCGGGACUGCUUCGCGCCCAGAAUAUCCCGAAGUUGUCAAGCGGGCGGCGACGUGAACUAUUGCGGGAGUUGCACUCUGGCUGGCGAGGCUGUCCUCGAAGCGAUAAAAGCGAUCGAGCGCGUCUUCGUCGAGAACAAAUUAAUAUCCGACGCCGUCAAGGAAAGAGACGAAUGCAGGAUCGACAUUUACGCGAGAACCCAAUGGUCUGUGAUGGGCAGAUUGACGAAAGCUAUAGGAACGGACGUUGAAACAGCGCUCGUGAGAAUGCGGGAGAGCAAUCGUUGUGCGGAAGCCAAUAGACGUGAUCACGAGGAGACUGUUCGAGAUCUGCGGGCAAACUUGUCGCGGCAGGAGAAACGGGCGGACGUUCUGCAAGCUAAAAACUCUGGGCUGGAGGAUAUGCUGGAAAAUGCGAAGGAGGAGCUUGAGAAGGCGAGGCAAAGGGCCGUAAUCCUGGAGGAAGAAAAUGAGAAUUUGGACGAAACUCUUAAGGAUGCUCGCAGGCAGAUAUCGGAUCUAACCAUCGGAAAUAACAUUUUGCAAAGUCAGACGGGAGCGUUGGUCGAGAGCAAAUUGGAGCUCGAGAAGACCGUGAUCACACUCCGAAAGGAAGUCGUCGACAGCCGUGAUGCACACCUUGAGACAGAACGACGUUUCCAAGCACUUCUGAACGAAUCAAGGGAGGAAGCCGAUUCGGUGAAGAAGGUAAACAAAAAAGAAAUCGAGCGACUGCAGCAAGAAAUUGCAUCGUUACGUUUGGCGAACCCGACUCGGGAAGAUAAGGAGAGAGUCAAAAGCACUCCCGAUGAUAUUUCCAGCAAAGAAUGUCACAAAGAGACGAUAGUGAAGCCGGAGGAUGAUCCAGUUGCGGACAUGACGCGGCAAUUGAUUACGAAUCGUGAGAAAAUCGAAGUGCUCACGCGACAAAACGAAAGGCUAUCGAAGACUUUGAGUCGGCUAAAGGAGUAUCGCUUAACGGCACAGUCGAUGUCAAAUAGCUCGAGAAAAUGAGGGAUCGUCGAUGAUGGAACCCCAGUUUUCACAUAGCCAUAUUGGAAAUGGUGAUGAAUAGAUCAGUACUAAGAAUAGAGAUGACUUCUGUUAAAAAUCGGUUAAGUAAAGUCCACAGAUUAACUUUCUAUUCAAGGACAUAUUCGAUUUAAUUUACAUAAAUUUCUGUAUUCAACAUCGUAACACUAGGUGUC